AUGGGGCUGCUGUCGCAGGGCUCGCCGCUGAGCUGGGAGGAGACGCGGCGGCACGCGGAGCACGUGCGGAAGCACGGCAUCCUCCAGUUCCUCCACAUCUACCGCGCCGUGCGCGACCGCCACAAGGACGUCCUCAAGUGGGGCGACGAGGUGGAAUAUAUGUUAGUAAAAUUUGACCAUGAGAAUAAGAAGGUGCGCUUGGUGCUCUGUGGUGAAGAAGUUCUUCAAACACUGCAAGACAAGGGGGAGAAGGUAAAUCCCAACCACCCAACACUCUGGCGACCAGAAUAUGGAAGCUAUAUGAUUGAAGGGACGCCUGGGCAGCCGUAUGGGGGAACCAUGUCUGAAUUCAACACUGUGCAAGACAAUAUGAGGAAAAGACGGCAAGAGGCUGCUUCUGUGCUCAAAGAAAAUGAGGCUGUUUGCACUGUGACGUCAUUUCCAAGGUUAGGGUGUCCUGGGUUUACACUGCCGGAAUAUAAGCCAACACCAGUAGAAGGAGGAGCUUCAAAAUCCCUCUUUUUUCCAGAUGAAGCCAUCAAUAAACAUCCUAGAUUUAGUACACUGACCAGAAACAUUCGGCACCGAAGAGGAGAGAAGGUUGUGAUAAAUGUACCAAUAUUUAAAGAUAAGAACACGCCAUCACCAUUUAUUGAAACAUUUCCUAAUGAUGAUGGAGAAGCAGCAAAGGCGUCUAAGCCGGACUAUAUAUACAUGGAUGCUAUGGGUUUUGGAAUGGGAAACUGUUGUCUUCAGGUAACGUUUCAGGCUUGCAGCAUUUCUGAAGCAAGGUAUCUCUAUGAUCAGCUAGCCACAAUCUGUCCCAUUGUGAUGGCGUUGAGUGCUGCAUCUCCAUUCUACAGAGGCUACGUGUCUGAUAUUGACUGUCGCUGGGGAGUAAUCUCUGCAUCUGUAGAUGAUCGAACACGAGAAGAGAGGGGGCUAGAGCCACUGAAGAACAACCAUUAUAGAAUCAGUAAAUCCAGAUAUGAUUCCAUAGACAGUUAUCUAUCUGAAUGUGGUGAGAAAUACAAUGACAUUGAUUUGACAAUAGACAAAGAUAUCUACGAGCACCUAAUAAAGGAAGGUAUUGACCACCUUUUGGCACAGCAUAUUGCACACUUGUUCAUUCGAGACCCAUUGACUUUGUUUGAGGAGAAAAUACAUCUAGAUGAUGCAAAUGAAUCCGACCAUUUUGAGAAUAUUCAGUCUACAAACUGGCAGACAAUGAGGUUUAAGCCACCACCUCCAAAUUCAGAUAUUGGAUGGAGAGUGGAAUUCAGACCUAUGGAGGUCCAGUUAACAGACUUUGAGAACUCUGCAUAUGUUGUGUUUGUGGUAUUGCUAACCAGAGUGAUUCUGUCAUAUAAACUGGAUUUUCUCAUUCCUUUGUCCAAGGUGGAUGAAAACAUGAAGAUGGCCCAGAAAAGAGAUGCUGUCCGGCAGGGAAUGUUUUACUUCAGAAAAGAUAUUUGCAAAGGUGGAAACGCUGUUGUGGAUGGAUGUGGCUCUGCACAGAACGGGACAGGCACCGAUGCGGAAGAGUACAGCUUAAUGAGCAUUGAUACAAUUAUCAACGGGAAGGAAGGAGUCUUUCCUGGUUUGAUCCCAAUUUUGAAUUCCUAUCUUGAAAACAUGGAAGUGGAUGUGGACACAAGGUGCACCAUACUGAACUACCUGAAGCUAAUAAAAAAGAGAGCAUCUGGAGAACUAAUGACAGUUGCUCGAUGGAUGAGGGAAUUUAUCGCACAGCAUCCAGACUACAAGCAAGAUAGCGUGAUAACUGAUGAAAUGAAUUAUAGCCUUAUUUGGAAAUGCAACCAAAUCGCACAAGGCCAGGCAGAGUGUCCUGAACUAUUGGGGGUAGGAUUUAAUAAGAAACAAAGUGGAAACAAAACUGGCUCUGUGUAAUGAAUGAAUGUUUCUUAAAUAAUAGAAAGUUUAAGCCUUUUAGCAAAGCACUAGCAGAGAUACUGUGAAUCUGGUACAGUUUCAUGGUGUGAAGACCAAAACAGGGAUACUGCACUAUAAAAUGGGCCAAUCUGCCUAAAUAUUUGUUAAGGCAUCCUAAAAUGGGCAUAUUCUUAUUAUUAAGGUUUAUACAAUGUACAUGUAAAUAGUAAAAUAUUUUUAUGAUUAACAUCAAUGUAUUUUAAUAACACUGUAUCUAAAGUUAUUGUGAAUUAGCUUGUAACUUUUUUAUGCUUAUUCUAGAAAGAAAAAUUGUCCUGAACAGCUUUGUAAAUGUAAUGGUACUUGUAUAUUACAUGCAUUCCAGUUACUGAAUGUUUACUGUAAUUUUUUUAACCUGGAAUGUGCUAAGUAAUCUACCUUAUUGUGUAAGAAAAAAAUAAUCUUCUGGACCUACCUGAAUCACAGAUACUUCUUCCUUCCAUUUGGGUUUUGAAAGUAUAUAACAACAGACAAACACAAGUGCAUCCUAUUUGUUAAUCUUUCCAGCAGUUUCUCAGUUGCCACAAGACCUGCAUCCACUCAUAAACUGUAACACUGAGAGCAACAGAUCUGUCUUCAUUCAGAUAACCUGCUUGUCUCCUGGUAACUGUAGUCUUAGGAAAGGUCUGCCAUAUUUGCAUGUAAGCUGCGUUUCCUGGGAAAAAAAAAAAAGGACAAAGAUGCAUCUUUUCCCAGAUGCAUCAUUAUUUUUUCCCCUCUGAAGUAAAUUUGUACGCUGUCGCAGUUCAGAAAACUUGAUUUAACAAAAAAGCAGUACUGGGGAAGAGGUGAAAGAGAGGAGGAAAUGAGAGCGGAACAUAAAGCUCUCUUUACAAAGGAACCAGAGAGACGUGAUCUGGAUUGCAGCACUCCUUAACUGCUGUUUCUUCCAUGUUGCUGCUGUUCCCACAGUCGACAAUGACUGCAGCACAAAACCAAGGACCUGCCCAUUCUUCCUAAAGGUUGUUUCUCAUUUGUCAUUCAUUAUUAUAAAUAUUUUUGUCAGCAUGUUUAUUUUCUAUAAGGUACUUUAUGUAGAUAGAUGAGGUGCCUACAUAGCUGUAGGUAUGGGCAACUUAAUCCCCUCUAGCAAAUAGUUAUAAAGAAAUCAUGGAAUGCACUAAUCCUUUGAAUUGGGAGCCAGUGCUGGGAGUGACUGUAAAGUAUUUAAAAUUUAGCCAUUGCAACUGUAAAUAAAGCAAACUUAAGGGGCCUUUUUGAUUUAGCUUCUUAACUGACUUCUAGAAGUGAAUUGCAUUAUGGAUAAUUAUGCAAAGCUUAAUGCAAGCAUAUAUAAAUACCUAAGGUGUAAUGAUUUUCUUUAAAAAGAACUAAUGGAGAAACUGCAAUGAAGAGGUGCACUAAGAAGAAGCUUUUAUGUAUUUUAUAGACUUUGUUCUGUGUUCACAGGUGUGCUUUAGAGAAUAAAAAGAAUGCUUUUUUUUCUGCAGUGGUGAAUUUGUUCUAAUCAAGAUGUAGGCAUAUGCUAAUUUAGUUUCUGUAAUAAGGAAAUAAAAAUAAAAUUUGCAGUA